GCUCAUGAGGGAAGAGACCCCUUUACUUGUUUUUUCCGUUUUAUAUCUUUAACUUGGUUUCACCGCUUCCCUCUCACUUGAGAAUAAAGUACCAAAAAAUUCCUUUACCCGGUAAAAUAAAUCCUCCUGAAUUUUUUUAAUUCCCCGCGACUCACGCCAAAAAAAAAUGUCAAUAUCCCCACCCACCACCACCACCACCAAUAACAACAGCACUGCCGCCACCGUCGCCGGAGCUACCAACUCCACCACCGUCCACCACCAGACUUACUGGUGCCAUGAAUGUGACAUGAGUGUCCUCCUCGAACCUCUCUGCUCCUCCACCCCUUCCACCACCUCCACCACCACUUUUCCACCUAUCUGCCCUCACUGCCGCCAUGACUUUCUUGAACAAAUGGACUCCUUCACCCCUUCUCCCCAUCCCAACCCCACCAAUCUCUACCCAAAUCCCCUAUCAUUCUUUGAACCCUUUUCCCCAAUGGAUCCCAUAAGCCCCUCCGAAGACACCUUCCUCCUGGAAAGCCCAUAUCUCCACCGCCUCAUCCACCACCUCAUGACCAACGCCAACAACAUCCCCAACCAAACCAACCCCACCCCACCUCAAUUCAACUCCCCAGCUUCCAAACAUGCUAUAGAAUCCCUCAGCCAUGUAAUUGUAGACUCUGCAUUUCUUGAUUUAGAUCCCUCUUUAGUCUGCCCAGUCUGUAAAGACCAGUUUCAUGUAUCUUCUGAGGCAAAAGUAUUGCCUUGUAAUCAUACUUAUCAUGCUGAUUGCAUUGUCCCCUGGCUCGAGAUGAAUAAUUCGUGCCCGGUUUGUAGGUAUAGGCUCCCUAGCGAGUCUGAUGAGAGGAAAAAGAAUGAGGCAGUACGGGGGAGGGAGACUUUUAUUGGGGCGGCGAGGUUGGAUGAGUUGUUGGAUGAUGAGCAAGAUUUAUUCGGGUUUACUAGUAUUUUGAGGAAUGUUGUGAGGAGGCAACAGUAUAACAAUGGAAAUGAUGAUGAGGAGUAUAGUAGCAGUUGGAAUAGGAGGGUUCAGUGGGAUAAUGACGUUUUGUUAUCGCCAACGCAGAUUGGGGAGGCUGAGGGUGUUGGUGUGGGUGGUGGAAUUGGGGCUCAUGUAGAGAGGGCUAAUAGUGCGGAGACAGUGUCCAGUUGGCCGAGGUGGCCAACGGAGGGCGGUGCUAGCGGGAGUGGAAGUGGAGAUGGGGAGAUUGGUGUUGGUGUGGCUGGUGGAGAGGCAGUGAUAAAGGGGGAUGCUGUGAGGUCUUGAGUUUUGGGAAGUCUUUAUUCAAGCCAUUCUGCAUAGAAGAUUAGAGAUAAGCUUAAAAAAGACAAAUGAUCAAAAUCUGAAAUUUUUUCGUGUGUCAGCCCCAUUUGCAGGUACUGCGCUCUUCAACAUGUCCUGUGCUUAUAGAACUAGGGAUAACUUUUUUACUCUACAAUUAUAAGCUUGAAUUUUGCUAUUAUGUAGUAGUAAAUUCUGGUUGUGUUUGCAGCAUUUCUCUUUAACAUGUUGUCUUUGUUGAAAGUAAGGCACUCUUUGACCUUUUGAUUUGGAUAACAUGAUUCUGCAUGGCACAUAAGUUGCAAGCACAUAGUAGUAAAUUCUAAAUGCACAUAGUAUAUUGUUUCCGGGGUGCUGCAUUUAGGAGUUGUAAUCUGGCUCUGGCUGAAUUUAUGGAUGAGAAACUAUUUUCUUUUUCUUUUUGUAACUUUCCUCUUUACAACUGUCUCCAAGCAGUGUUGUUUGGUAUGUCUGGGUCACAGGUUGAGUUGCUUGCAGCCAAUCAGGUUUUAAUCCCGUUUUAUCUGUUACAAUUUCGGCAUUUAUACUUAGUUUCUCUUGAUAUUUUUUUUAUGACACUGCUUGUAAAAUUCCAUGAGCUGCGGGUAUCGUCCACAUUAUACUGGCAACAAGUUUUAUGCCUGUGUACGGCUUCAUUGUACUGUGGUGAAGGACUUGAUGCAUUAGCUUUGGUACCAGCACCUCAUCAUAACUUUAUUGCUACUUUAGGGUGUAUUGAUGCUUCUGCAAAUAUGGAAGAUUCCUGCGAUGAUCAGUUACUCUAACGAUCUAAUUAUUCUUUAGUUCUGGUGGUCUAUGUGGAUGCUUUCAUGUUUACUUGAAAUCAGUUUGCUCCCAGAAAAGCAAUAAUGUGAUCUUGGGAAGGUCUUUGACAUGCGUGCAUUGCUACCAGUGAGCCACAAACUUUGUGUUUGUGGAAUUUGUUUUUAUCUAUCUAAUUUUCAUGUUUUUGCAGAUUGUUUCAAGCAGCAAUAAGGCUUCCCUUCUAACAUAAUUUGAAUUUUA